AUGGCCAACGAGGAAUCUGAUGUCCCACUCCUGCUCUUCUUGUUAAGGGUGGUGGUGGUGGUGGCCCCCCUCACUGCCCCCUCUUCUCCCUCUGCUCCCCCUUCUGGUUGUUGCUUUCUUUCUUCGUUCGCUUGUGUUGACCCUCGCUGCCCUCUCUCUCUCUCUCUCUCUCUCUCUCUCUCUCUCUCUCUCUCUCUCUCUCUCUCUCUCUCUCUCUCUCUCUCUCUCUCUCUCUCUCUCGCUGUGCUCUGCUCCUCUGUCUUUUGGGGCUUUCGCUCCAACCCCGUCGCAAUGGAGCAGCAAACCGCCUCGCCUGAAUGGCAGAAACUCAUCAGUAGCAUUCACCGCAAUCUUGACGGCGACUCAGCCGACAUUGACGAGAUUAAGCAAGUCCUUGAUGCCUCCAUUCACAGCCAUGCAGGCUCGCACUGUUUCAUGAAGAUCCUUGAUGGCGCGCUGAUUGAACAACUUUUUGAAAAGCCCGAAGCUGUCCAGGAGGGCCAGCCGUUGGAUAUUCAAGCGGAAGCUCGCGCCAGUGAGAAUGACAACAUUUACAUCAACGAUGACCUUGGCAUGCAUCGCGUGAUCAACCCAUCACACACCAAGCGGGCCGUCAGCCUGCACAUCUACUCCCCACCUUACAACGUAAGCAUGCCUGCCCCAAGCCCAUCUUCCAGCGCGCACCGCUCUUUUGACGUGACAUGCCUCCCCGUACAACUAACCCACUCCAACACCGUGGCCCUGCAGGAGUGUCUCUGCUAUGAUGAACGCACUGGCCAAGGUCGAAAGUCCGGAAAAAUCACCUUUUUCAGCAAAAAUGGUCAGCUGUGCGAUGAUGAAUGGGAUACCAACAUGGGCCAGGAACCCGACUACUGCUAGCACCCGCAGAGGGCCGUUGCCGAUCAUUCCCCGCGAUGCGUCCGUUGGACGACCUCUCCCCUCCCCCGCCCCUCAACGAGUCUUUUGAGGAGGUGAUGAUGUUCUCUCUCCCUCUCUCCUCUCUGAUGUCAGCUCGAAAUGUCAGAAUUUUGUGACACAGCCCUUACGCUGAGCGUAGUUCCUAUUUCACCAAUUAAUUUUGAUAUU